GGAGUCUGUGUAAACAGCGCCCUCCUGCAUCAGUGCUUGAAAGCGCGCUGGCGUCCUGGCGGACGUGCACGCACUCGAGCAACAGAUCCGCGCGCAUGCGCAGUUCAUUGUUUUGACUGAAAAUGCCGUCGGUUUCGAAAACGGCGGCCAAUGCGUCCCCUCAAACCGAGAAACCUACCCACUAUACGUGAGUAAAGCUGCUGCAAAGAAACGACACAAUAACCCGCGGCUGAAUAUGUUACGUGCACGUGCGCCGUUGCUUGUUUGCAUGUGUUGCAUUCUUCAACUCUUGGACGUGUGUGUGAAAACAUGGAGCUUUUCCUGGCUUUGUGACUGCCUAACGUUACAUAGCAAACAGCGACUGCACGCUAACGACAUCAGCCCAAUUUGGGGAAACCUGGAAAUCUUACAUCUAUUUAUGGACGAGCAUAAUGCUAACGGAAUCAUUUGACGUUGUUUUAUAGAGUUAGUGAAUUGUUUAGAAUAAUCGUUUUAAUGUUACACCGUCAACUCGGUCUGCUAAACGAUUAGCCAGGAACUCGCUAUCCAGUCUGCUUGUAAAUAGCUCGGCCUUAUUUUGAGUUCCCUCUUGCUACGCACAUUUAUAAACGUACGCUCACUGACUUUCAACAAGUGUUACGCUGGAAAACUGCGUAGUUUGCUUCGUGAAUAGGAAGCUAACGCUAGUGACCCAAAAUAUAUAGUAGGCUACAACACUAGCAGCAGCACACGACACUUCAGAGUCCCUUAACUUUUCUGUUUCCCCUCGACUCAUUUCUAUGCUGCUAGUAGUUUAAUAUUCCGGUUGUUUGCAUUUGUUUUGGUUCUCCUGGUUGUUUCAGGUACUUGAAGGAGUUCAGGACCGAGCAGUGCCCGUUGUUCCUCCAGCACAAGUGUACGCAGCACAGACCCUUUACGUGCUUUCAUUGGCAUUUUCUCAACCAGCGGCGGAGACGACCCAUAAGGAGAAGAGACGGAACUUUUAACUACAGCCCCGACGUUUACUGCACGAAAUACGACGAGACCACAGGCAUCUGCCCCGAUGGAGAUGAGUAAGUCUCUGUUUCUGUCAUUCAGAGUCACGCUGCAGCUGCUGGGCUGCUUACAAAUGGUCUGUUGACAUAUUUUGAAAGAGGAUUGUUGUUGUUGCUGAAUGAAUAAAUCUGCACUCGGGUAUAUUAACAUACAUACUAGGACUGGGAGAUUUGGCCAAAAAGAUGAUCACCAUAUACUUUGUCUUAUUGUCCGAUCUCGAUUAUUAUCCCGAUUUUUUUUAAGCUGCCAGUUUUAAAGCAUCUGUACUUAAAAUUAAAAAAUAAAUAUAUAAAUACUAAAUAAGACGUUAAAUAACUUUUCUUCUCAACAAUAACAUCUUUGGAGAAUGACUCAAAGUCAUGGCUGAUUUACAGAAAUGAGCAGGAAAAGCUUGACUGUGAUUGGCUGUUGUGAUGCACAUUUUCACCAUGUUUGAUCGAGUAAAUAAGCUCACAGCUGAUCACAGUGAUCGAACUGAAAUUUAUCCAGAUCAUUAAUCCCGAUCAUAUAAUCGCCCAGUCCUAAUACAUACUAAAAAAAGGAUUCAGUGCAUCUGAUAAAAAAGUGCUCCUCUUGGCCCUUAUAGCUGGGCUCAGGUGGCUUUGGUGUGAUGUGUGUCACAGUGAUGUGGAUGUAUUUCAGUGUCUCAGAGUGAAGUACUGCGGUCAUCUGAUGUUAACUCUUAAAGUCACAAAAAGAAGCUGUGCAAAGAACUCUUUUCCUUCCUGCCAUGUAUCGCACACCAUCAGGACUGCACUCAGCUAUCUUUAAUGAUGUUUGCAUAUGUUUCGGUGACACUCCUGGAGAUUACAAAAAAAUGUUUUCAAACCAAGGUUAAUUAUAUACCACAAAUAAAGCACUAAAAGUGAUCUAGCCUUGAAGAAAAUAAGUAUUUAGUAUACAAAGACUGUAGGUAAUUCGGCAUUUGAGUUGUUCCUUAUUUGAAACAUAUGAUUUUACAGAUGCAUCAUUGAAAGAGCUCCUCUUUGCCUUUCUGCAGCAGGCGUCUUCUUUGUGGUUUAGAUAUGACUUGAAACGCCCUCUUCAUGUGGUUGAACUAGAGAUUGACAGAUUACUUGGUUUGUUGUUGAUUGGGCCAGUUUUAAAUAGCUUUGAAUAUAACAAGUCUAAACAUUUUAAAUAAUCAGACUUACAUUGAUGCUCACAGUGCCAAUGUCACCCUCAUCUAUCUGAAUAAUAGCAUGUCCUUAAUGAUAGCAUCUCAAAUCUGAAAAAGUUUUAUCGUUUUUUUCUGUUUUGGUAUAGGGGAUAAUACAGUUUAUUCUGACAUAAAUAUCAAAUUUCUUCUGAAAUAUGCAGCAUAAUCCAUAAAUAUUUCUAUUAAAUCAAAAAUAUAUCUAAAUCGUAUGUCUGGCUAAAAUAAACAUGUACAUUAGAUAGUGAGGAAUUGAAAGGAAUGUUGAAAUAUGUAUAUAAAUAUGUUUUUGGUUUGUUUUAAUCCAAAUAUUUACCAUAUAUUUUUCUAUUUUAAUAUUUUCAGAUGGCUGCACAGAAAUCCAAAAGUCCUUUGUGAGAAAAUUUUACUGAGAAUAUUUUUAUGUCUUAAUCUAUUUUUAAAAGUGUCGAUCCCAAUUCAGCAACGUUGUUUCUCAUUCGUCUGUAUUUUUAAAAUUUUAUAUCUUAUCAAAUGCAAAAAAACAACAUGAUAUCAACAUUAUAAAUUGUCUGUUGACUGAUUUGCCGUCUUUUAAUCUGCUUCAGCAUCAACCACUGAGAAACAAAUAUCAGCUGACCACUGAAGUGAGCCACUGUCUUCACAAAAGCAGACAAUAACACACUGAAUUACAGACUGUCUCUCUGUGCUUGACCGCAGCAUGUUUCCGAUACAUACUAUCUUAUUAUUUUUAGCGAUGUCACUCUGGUUUGUUGCAAAAGAACUAACAAUAAGACACCAGUCUUGUUUGGUAUUUUCCAAUAAUAGACAUUAAAUAAUAGUCAUCUGUUGAUUGCACACACAGUGCACAAUUUGCUCCCAAACAUCACAGGGGGACACUGUAGCCAAUAACAAAGUAAUAAAGGUGUAGGCAUCCCAUUUCUCCAGUGUUAUAAUAUCUCCAGUUAUCUUUGAGAAGAUGUAAAGAAUAGGGAGUAGGUACAAAAGUAGUAAAAAUGAAAAAAAAAAAAAAAAAAAAAAGCAAAGACAUAGAUUAUUAUGCUAAUUGAAAAUGGACUACCACAAUCCUUACAGUUCCUUCUCUGCCAAUUGCUGCUAUUUUUAUAUGACCUUAUGUGUUGCUAUAGCAACUGUUGCUACUCAAGAAAAGAAAAAUGGGUUUUUGAACAGGCUUAUUGGCCGUAUGUUUCUUGAGACAUUGCUACUGCAUCAUCCUUGGAUUCAUAAGAUGAUGUUAAGGGUUAGAAAUGAGUGCAACUCCAAUAAUUUAUAAUCUCUGUGGUUUUACAAUGACUGCUCCGACCUGAUUUAGUGCAGUGUUUGCUUGUUUCAUGCUAAAAAUGAUCUCAUUGUGUGAGAUAAGCAGCCUGCAGCAUCUUCAGUGCAUUUUGUUGAAGAUACAGAUUGAAACAUUGCUGUUUGUAUACUCAGAUUGAACAUUUAAGAUUAAGGCUAGGGGCUUUCUUCAUUUGUAAAAUCUUCUGCCAAAUAAUCUGAGUUCAGAUAUUUCUCUAAGAACAAGUGAUGAUUUAUCUCACUGUUGUGUACUUGCUUUCUUAGCUGUCCCUACUUACACCGGACCACUGGUGACACAGAGCGCAAAUACCAUCUCCGCUACUACAAGACUGGCACUUGCAUCCAUGAGACAGACGCUCGAGGGCAUUGUGUGAAGAAUGGUCUCCACUGUGCGUUUGCUCACGGGCCACAUGAUCUCCGACCUCCAGUCUAUGAUAUCAGGUGACAUACAAAGCAAAUAGUGGCCUCCGGUUUCCCUGCCAAGUUCACCAAGCUCACUGCCAAGCUCACUCACAAGACUCACAAUGGCACGAACGAAGCAGUCAUUUUAGACGUAUGCUGUUAAUGUUGGUGUUAAAUGAAUUAACUUUGAGGGCGUAGCUCUGUUAAAUAAGGAAAACCUUUAUCUUGUUGUAGAUUCAAAUGACUCCUUUUGAUCUCUGUGCUGCUAAAAUGGCCGGGGUUAGUCAGCUGACACUUAAUAAUGUUGGUUUUUAUGCUCUUUGUGUAUCAUUUAUAACAACAUGCUGUUAAACCAUCUUUCAGGUCUAAUGUUUAUCAGUUAAAUAUUCAAAAUUUGAAAUUUUUUGGAUGAACUUUUACCGACUGAAACAUUAAAACUGGAAUAAAACUAACAGGGUCCCUACACAAGUAUGGAAAGUAUGGUAUAAGUUUGAUCAGUUUCCAGGUCUUAAAAAGUAUGGAAAAUGAAAAAUAAAGUAGAUGUUUCCAAAAAUAAUUCUAAAAAGUAGAGUAUGGAAAAGUAGAGUAUGGAAACUGUGUAGGAACCCUGAACUGACUAUUGUUUUCUGUGCAGAGAGAUCCAAGCACAAGAGGCUCUUCAAAAUGGACAGCUGGGAUCAGGGGAAGGUAUUCCUGACCUGCAGCCGGGUGUGUUAGCCAGCCAAGCUAUGAUUGAGAAAACUCUCACAGAAGACCCCCGGUGGCAAGGUGAGUUACCCCCAACCUUGCGCUGAAGUGCUUUAGCCAUUUAGAGUGACGCACUUGACUGUUUGCGAAAUAAAACCGAAAUGAUGUUAAUACACAACUCUUGUUUUUCAGACACCAACUUUGUUUUAGCUAAUUAUAAAACAGAGCAGUGUACCAAGCCCCCAAGACUAUGCAGACAGGGCUAUGCUUGUCCCCACUACCACAACAGCAGAGACCGAAGACGAAACCCAAGGAAGUUCAAAUAUAGGUAAGGUUUGACAGAGGUUAAGUUAAAGAAAUGAACAUGCUGAAGUGAUGUGAUUGCUGUCAGCUGAAGGUCUGACUCUGUGAACGCAGGUCCACUCCCUGUCCUAAUGUGAAACAUGGGGAUGAAUGGGGCGAGCCUUCCAAGUGUGACAGUGGAGACAGUUGCCAGUAUUGUCACUCUCGCACUGAACAGCAGUUUCACCCAGAGGUGAGUGGGGUUUGCUGUCUUUCAGGUGGAAAAUAGGUCGUCUUCUCAAAGUGAUGAAUAUUAAACGCAAUAGUUGGUUUGAAUUCCGAGCAACACUGACUGCGAGAAAUCCCUUUUGAAACAGAUGAGAUUUUGAGGUGUUCUGUCUUUGAGGUUCGAUUGUUGUGUUCAUGACUUUUUAAUUCACACUACAGUCUUCCUUGUGCACGUACAUCUUCGUGUCUCAUUGGUUUGUGAUUUGUUUUUCUUGCUCAGAUCUACAAAUCUACCAAAUGUAAUGAUAUGCGACAAACUGGAUACUGUCCCAGAGGACCCUUUUGUGCUUUUGCACAUGUAGAAAGUAAGUGAACGUUUUUCCAAAUGGUUCAGAUCGUGGGUCAAAAUGUAAAGAAAAUGAUCCAGUCUGGUUUUGCUAAAAUAUUACAAACAUGUGUGAAAGAAUUUUGUGAAAAUGUUCAUGUGGCACCCUCUGAUUGGUUUUAACUCGUUAAUGAUGACUGUUAUCUCCCUCUUUGUUUUCCCUUUUAAUGUGACAAUUGAACGUUUCUCUUGUUCACGCUUUCAGGAAUUCCCUCAACAGAAGAGACCAUGAGCUCAUUGCUAACAGUGAUACAGUCCAGUUCACAGUCUCAGCUGGGCCCUCAACAGUAUUCUGAAUGUCCAGUCAGUGAGUGGAACAGUGGAGGCAACUCCACCACCAAUGCAACCAGUAGCAAUGGACAAGUAGGAAGUGUAGGUUUCACUUAUUUUGUUGGACCUUCAAUUGUGGAUUUAUCCGAAUCGACUGAAACAAGACUUAAAGGAUAGACAAAACUUUGAAAAUAAAAACAAGAUUCAGUCGGUUUUACAGCGACUAAAUUUCCAAAAUAAAUCAACCACUCACAUGUAAACAUGUGUACAGUGCUCCCAUAUUUCUGUUUUAUCAUACUUUUUAUUUUUUUGGAUUCCCAUUGCAACUUUUUGUCUUUACUUUUUUACAUUUCAUUCUUUUAUUCAAAAGAAGUGAGGCAGUGUCUCUAUGAAAAGUAUAUUUGAUGAAGUUAAUUUACAAAAUAUUUCAAGAGGAUAAAAAGUAGACGCAUAGAACACAAGGCUAGUGUAAGCUUGUUUUAUUGUUAAAAAGUCAUAUUUAUACAGAAUGGUUAAGCUCCUAUAGCAUUGGGUUAUCAACCAUCGGGUUAUAAAUGAACACUCCAGGUUAGACUGAACAUUUAGACUAAAGGCUACAUUAGAUAAGAUGAACAGGACCUCUGCAGGAUUAUUAAUGUUAAAUACUUUUACUCGAUUGACCCCCCUAUAAAAAUAGAAGAAGCAUAUGUCACUGCUUUUAUAUUGUUGCUGCAUAUGGAUUAAUUGAAUAGAGUGGAAAGCAGUGAUUGCAGUCACUUAUCCAUGACUCUCACACAUUUGCCACAAUGUUGACCAACUUGGGAUUGUAACAUUAACUUUGAUUUUUGCCUCAGUGUCAACAGGCAGGAGUUAAGUGUACCAUAAUGAUUAGAUAUGGCGUAAAUGAUGAGGUUGUCCCUGGUGUUGGGAUAAAUCACAGCUGUUAGGGUUUUUUCUUUUUCCUAAGUAUUCAGCGCAGCCUGCUCAUCAUGUCAGGUGAUGGCACCAAUGUGAUUUUUUUGUUUCAUUUCCUGUUUUGAAUAUCAUUUAAUUAAGAUCACAUUCACUUCUCUUUCUCAGGUUUCAUGUUCUAAUAGCUCGACUGUAACUCCAAGCUCAGGAAGCGACAGUUUGUUAUCCCCAGUGGGAUCCAUCUGCAGGCCCAAAUCCUUAACUAACAGUAGUUUAUGUUCAGAGUCCACCACAUCCAGUGCCUCAUCUCUGACGUCUAACUAUCCUAGAGCUCCGGGCUUUGAACGUGAGGAUCAGGUACACCUACUGCUCUGCUAAGCUUUAGUAUCAACAUCUAAAACAGAAAUAAGCAAGGCCUCCACUCUCUUUGUAUUGCUGUCAUGCAUUUUUAAUCACUUUAAUUAUUUGCCACUCAUUAUUUUUGUACAUCAUUUUCAUUUUGUCACUUAAUGCAAUUUGUAUAUUAUUUGGAAAUAGUUGUCAUUUGUUAAGUUUCUGUUUGACAAAACUAAAUUUUAGGUAAUUCUCUAAGGCUUGAUCCUGAAAUUGCACCGCCAGAAUAUAUUUUCACAGCACAUUCUCAGCCAUGAGUUUGUCUGUGUCAAAAACUUAGGUGCAUCUAAUACCACUCUGAUAUUGUUAGUCCAGAGAAAUUUAGAAAAAGAGAAAAAUCUGGGUUAUUCCUUUAGUGACUAAUCCCAAAGUAAGGAUAACUGAUUUAGAAAGAUACGUCAAUAACAGGAGAAAUUGCUGCUCCAGAGUUUUACACCAGAUAGUGAAUUAAUGACAGAAAAAAUGUGACUUUCUGACUUUUUUGGGAUUAGAAAACUGCUGUUUGGUUAUUGAAAUGUUCUGUUUGUGUGAAUUUUCACUUUUAUAGAUAAAGAACAAGGGGCAGAUGGAUCAGAAACUGAUGGACCAAGACAAGCAGGUACUUAAACUCUGUUGAAAACGCUGAACUCAACCUAAAAAUGUAUUUUUAUUUGUGUAAUUUAGUAACCUUUACUAUGACUAUCCUAAAGAAAAUACCUGCUGCUCUUUUCCCAGACUCAAAAUACUGUAUUCUCUGCGGUGAACCCUCUGGCAUCAAGCUUUACCUCCAGUAUAACAUCCAGCUUGGCUUCUAGUAUCGGCUCUGACAGUUCCUCACCCACCACCUUAUCAACGAUGAAUGCAAAAGCCACUCCUUUUUACCCAGGGAGCAACACAGUGGAGUCUGUCAUAGGUAUGUGUAUUUAGAGUUAACUGUUAACCGGCCUCUCUGGGUACCACCUCUCUGCGAUCUGUUGUUAAAUGUCAGCCAGAUGUGUUUUGCUUUCCCUUAGGAUCUGCUCUGGACCUCAACUUCAGCGACAUCAACGUCGCAUCUCUUGAUAAGGAGUUAGAGGAGCAAGAUAACAGCGUGGGAUUGGCAAGUAAGGACACCUGACUUUUUUCUUUUUCCAACUUUAAAGGUGCUGGUAAGGUUUUAAACACGUAUUUUUUAAAAAAACAAAGGAAAAGCAUGAACUCUGUCUGCUUUCCCCCCACAGGUCAAAGAGUGCUUGGUGGGUCAGCCCCUGUGAACAUUCCCGGCUCCUUGGCUCGAUCAUCCUCUUUUAAUUCCUCCUCAUCGCUCUCCACCUCCCCACUCAGCUCGCUCUCUCAGUCUCUGUCGCAGUCCCUGCUGUCUGGGACGGUAUCGCAGCAAAAUCAACCCUCAAACAUGUUGGCUAAGCAAGAGCACGGCCUCCUGGGAACACCCACCUCCUCCUCACAGAACUCUUUGGGUGAGCCGAUAGCGUCAGACGCUUGGCUCCUCAUGGGCUGGGAAGUCUGUAGAUACAGAUUUAGAUCUCAAUUAAACAUGUCAUUGAGAAUAACUUGAACAUUUCAUUCAUUUUACUCAGAAAUACUCUAUAAAUCAAGAUUUGAAAGACUAAUGGUUGACUUCUUUGCUUGGUACUUGUAGGUUUAAAUGGAGCAGCAAGCAACAUCUGGGAUUUCGUAAGUGGCAGCUUCUCUCCAAGUCCGUCUCCGGUUUUCAGCAGCCUUACCUCCGCGACCAGCAGCUCUGAUCUGGCCCGCCUUUUCAGAGAGCUGGAUGAGGCCAAGAGGAAAAUCAAACAGUGGGAGGAGGCCUGGCAACAGGUCAAACAGGUGAGUGAGUAAAGGAAUGAAAAAUCAUAGCAGCGCGUGUUUUAAAAUGACCGUGUCUUCAAUGACAAGAUCUGACCUUCUUUUAGGCCUGUGAAGCUUGCCAGAAAGAAGCUCACGAAGCAAAGGAACAAGCAAAGACGGCCGAGGUGGAGCGUCAGCUUGCAGAACAGAAGUGGGAGGAGACGGAUCGCAAGCUAAAAGAGCUCCAAGGGGACUUUGACGCACUUUGCCGCACCCCUGGAACACCCCUCCUACGUAGCUAUGGAGAGCUGGAGCAGCUCCCCUUGUCAAAGCUCCACUCCAUCCAGAGUCAGCUGCGUAAUGACCUAGACCUUAUAGACGGGGUAAGAAAGACUAGAUCACACACAGCAUUUCAUCAGUAGCAUGUACAUAGUUUAAGAAAAAAAAAAACCGAAAAGAAACAGAACAAAACAAAAACAAAAACAGUUUGUCAGGCUAGCAUUCAGAUCCACGCUUUGUCAUCAAGCAUGCAUAUCUGAAAAGUCUGCAUGAACUGUUUCCCUAAGUUGCAGCUGAUACUCGUUCUUUUCUCCCCCAACAGGUAAUAUAUAUGCUUCAGUCAAAGAAAUGUAUAGUUUGCCAAAAGCAUGAUCGUUGCAUUGUUCUGCAGCCUUGCCAACAUUAUGUACUUUGUGAGAACUGUGCACCUAGUAAAACCGAAUGUCCCUACUGUAGAUCGAAAAUAUUGAAGUGGUGAUGUAUAAUUACUCAAGGUACUAUUUAAAGAGUUAGCCCUUUUGAAAAAGUAACCAUAGAUAUACUAUGUUUUCUAAAUAGCAAUGUCUGUUUCAUACAGUGAUUAGAUUAAGUAUAAAUUAGAUGAUGUUUGACUGACAAUACUAAUAGUAUUACAAAUAAGAGAGGGGGUUUAGCUCUUGUAGGUUUUGCUCUUUUUAUGUGAACCACAUAGCUCUCUUUAUACAGCCACCACUCGAUAUAUAUAUGUCAUACUGAAAGCUGAAAUACUCAGCCCUUAGUAACGCAGCUCUUCAUUUAAUUUAGACCAAACACAAACUGCUAAUGCACGUUGCAAACGUUUAAGACUGCUCUAAGAGCAAACAAAAAGUGAGAUAUUUUUUUUAAAAAACAAAAAAAACAAGCAGCAUCAUUUCACCCCACUGAAGAGUCCAGAGUCCAGCUGGAGCAAAUUUAAGGGCAUUUCAUCCCGAUGUUAUUCUCCACUUACAAAACAAAAAUGAAUCCGUGUGAUUGUUGUAUUUUUAUUUUAAAGAGAAAGCACUAUUUUUAAAAUUAGAUACAUGAAAAACGUGUAUACACUGAACACUGAAUGUGCUGAAACUGUAACUCUGAGGUUGGAUACGUUUUUAAAACAACACGGCAUCCUUUAAGAAAAUAACAGUGGGGUUAAUUGACAGCCUGAAAAUCACAGAUCAGGCCCAAAACAUGAUAAUGUAGAGAAAAAAUGUCAGUUUGACAUUUUCUCCUCCUUACUAGAGCUGUGUGUGUUGUUAGUUUUGAACGUGAGCAUGAGUCAUGAUGAUCAACAUAAAAUGAGCAAAACUAAAAGUGGAUGUUUUCUUUGUUAAAGAGGAAUGCAGCAAAAUCCCAGAUUUCUCUAUAAGCCAAUCAAAAUUGUUGAUUGACUCUGAAUAAUGUGUGGAUUUGGAAUAUGAAUCUUAUAAUGAUGACAUGGAUGUAACACCCAACUGUUGAACUUGACUGCACCAAAAAGCGCUCGAAUGGUCAGAAGCUCUUUGUCCUGAUUUAUUAUCUGAAGAUUGAACAGAAUGAGGGAUGAGAACAAAAAAAUUGUAAAAAGUGAAUCAGCAAAUUUAAAAAAGUCUGCAUGAGAAGAAGCCAAUUAAUGCAUUUUGUUGUGUUCCUCUUAAAGAAAACACCAAAUUUCUCUUUUUUUUUUUUUUUUUUUUUUUUUAUUCCAAGCAGUCAAGCAUCUUAAUUUUGACCAACUUUCUGAGGAACUUUGAUUUCUUACUAAAGCACUUUGUUGACCUGGGACUUUGUUAAAGGGUAUAUAGAAAUUUGCUUUAAGCUGCUUUGUAGGUAUUCUUUUGUGUCUUUUUUUUUCCUUUUUAGAUUUAUCAUUUUUUCUCUAUAUAAGCUAAUAUCUGAAGCUUUUGGUGUCUACUGUGAAACAUCGUUGGAAUAUUUCAUGUUUCCUAUUGUUAAAUCAUGGCAUGGUUCUACAUAUUAUUCAGAUUUAAUAGACAAAGUACUUAAUAGUUUCUACUUUCAUAGUUAGAUUUAUAAAAUUUCAAUCAAAUAAGUGCUAACGAAAAAUGCAUUUUAGGCAUAACCAGCAGCUGUAAUAUCAGUAAGGCACAUGCUACAUGUUCAGGCUGUUCUUCAAUCAGUUAGUUUUGUUUUGUAGAGAUUUAUAUAGCCAUUAGGAGAAGCAUGUAUUGUAUUUGCUAAAAGCCUGAAAUGGUGAUUUUUGUAGGAAUCUAGCCUAAACAUAUCGGCCUCUUAACUCGAAAGUGCCUUGCCUUAGUCGAAAAGGUCAUGUGUAGAAUUGUCCAAGCAAACACAAGUAGUCGAAGCUUGUGCACACAGGUUUCUGCGUCACAUCUUUUAACUUAGCAGAAGCAUUGAUAUGUUUAUGACUAUUUGUAUAUACAGUAUAUCUAAAUAUUUGCCAGUGUAUUUGGCCCAAUCCCGUUGAGUAUUUCUGCUGAGGAUAGUUCAGAUCAAACAUUGUCAGUGCCUGUGUCCUGACUACAAACCUAGAAAUUUACCGGCCCUUGUCUCCUUCAGAUACCCACCCACUCAUUCCUCGGUCGUGGUGCUCUUUUGGUGCAGCUUCAGUCUUUUGAAAUUAGUUUUUUCAAUUUAAUGUUUGGGAGUAUGCAAACAUAGGACACAUGGAUUUGUAUAGCAACAUAGUUUCAACAUGCUUUUGAAACAUUUCAGUUACUUAGUUUUAUUGUGAUAAAUCUGCAGUGAAUGAAGAAAACUUGUAAGUCAGAUUUUUGCAUAGGAUUUGUGCUUUGGUUCGUCUAAUUGAAAUGACCUUCUACUGUGUUUAAAAAAAAAAAAAAAUCUUUUUAUUCUUGCUUUAAGAUUCUAUAGAAAAUCAUGUAUCUCCAGGUACACCUUUUUGCUACUUAUAAAUAUGGGGAAAUGCAUUGUUUACAUUCACAUAUAUGACAACUAAGCAACUCAGAGGAAAAUAUCCAGAAAAGUUAUGGUAUUUUAGCGUUUUCAUGAUUAUCUUACAGCAUUAAAGGCAGGCUAAAUACUUCUGGUAUUGCAUGUUAUUGCGAUAUAUAAACCAGCUACAAAACGACAAAAAAAGAAAAGAUAAAAAAAAAGUUCGCACUGUCUCACUGCCAGAGUAUUUGUAUUGAGUUAUAUUUAGUGUAGUAAAGGCUAACUUCUGCAAGCUUCGCUGCUACUGGAAAAAGGUAUUAAUGUAGUUUCUUGUUGAACAUUUAGAUGUUUGAAUGUUGUGCAUCCACAGCUCAGAUUUCCAACUCAUUUGUUAUUGAAUUUGAUGGAUCUUUCUCUUCAUUUGUAAAUCCAUUGGAGUCAAAAUUUCAGUUCUUUUGUAAACCACUUUAGAAAGAUGUCACAGACCUGUACUGCUGUAGAUCGUCCCUCUAUUUUGAAUCGAUUCAAGUUAUUUAUGUUGGACUUCUUUUACCCCCCCGUACACUGGAGGACAGUGUACAGUGCAGCUAAUUUCACAGGACCCUUUGGUUUAUUUUAUUUUGCCUGUGAAGCCAAUUCAGUGAAUGAUGUCUAGUGUGAUAAUCUUAAAAACGAACCAAAGUGGUGUUCUCAUAGUUGUCCAAAAAUGUAUUCUGAAGGGAAAAUUCACCCUUGAAGAGAAUCUAAAUAAUCGCUAUGGUGCAGGACUGAUCAGCCUGUACAUGUGGACAGAAUGCAUCCAGUCGAAAAUAUAGCAGAGGUCAGAGCAGAGUCCGGCUUUGUCACUGGCAGGCCUGGAGUUUUGUUUUGAUAUUUCAUUUAGCGGGACAUACAGAGUGUCCUAGUAGUGAGUAAAACAACAGGACUAUGCCACAACAUUAAUGGACUAGAGCCCAUUUUUUGCAGUUUUACCAAAGACCUGUACUCUUGUCGUUUCUUUUGUACUACAUUUCACCCUUUUGUUUUCUUUUAGUGUGAACCUAAAACAAUUUAAAAGGUAAUCACCUAGAACCUUAAAUAGUGAUCGGUCAUUAACAGUAAUUAAUGGCUUUUUUUCUAUCUAAAAUUAGCUAUAGUGAGUUGAUACACAAAUGAACAAAAAUGCAUGGGUCAGAUCCUUAAAAAAAUGUAUUUGUAUAGUUGAUUUUGUGUGGAGUAUACAUUGACGUUUAUGGCGGUUUGUGCAAUACUGGCGAGCACAUGCCGACCUUAAGCGAGGACUCAGUGUCGGUUUAAUAAUUGUUGUCUACAGUGAAGGAAUGUCAAAGGUGAUGACAUUUGUGCUUCUGAAGUGGCCAUAAAAACUUCACCACAGUUGUGUUUUGAAGUUGAUUUUGUUUUUGUUGAUUUUGCUUAACUACAUAAUCUCAAUCACCUUGGAAGUUGAUGGUUAUGCAUUAUAUGCUGUUCUGAUUGGCCUACAGUGACUGUAAGGUGCUUUCUUUCUAUCUGACUCAGUUCUUCGUUUCUUAAAGCAGCGGUCCAAAUUAGUUUUGAGUUUUUGUAAAAUUACGGGGGGGACAGAUAAUGAUUGUGACAAACGUUAAUGGCAGAUACAGACCUGAUUAAAUCUGUGAUUUUUUUUGUCGGCCCGCUGUCUUUCUAGUGGUCUACCGAAACAUUUACUAACAAAAGGAAUGAAACAUUCACAUGGUAAGCACAGCUUCUAUUUCUUUACAUUUUACAUGAAAUUUGUUCAAUUUAUUAUGGACCAAUUACACUCUCCGGUCAGUCUGUGCCUUGAACACUCAAUGUCGAUUGGUUUCAAGAGAAUAUGCCUCUGUGACAGAUGACAAAAAUCUAAUCAGCUAAAUUAGAAUCAAAAUUCCAGUGCCUUAAAGUGUUUUUAUGGACCACAAUGUGAAAACGAAAUACCCGGGCCACUUAAGCUGAAAGGAAAAAAAGUCACAACAGAGGGAAGCAAAUGAUAUGGAUGACUGAUAAUUGUCUGUCUCAGUCUGUAUUUGCCAUUUUAUCCAGAGAAAAACAGCAAUAUAUUGAACUAUCUGAUCUCAAUUCGUCAUUAGGCACCAAAAAGCUUUAGUUUAUAAGGAAAAAAAGCACCAAAUGGGAAGAAUCUUGUAAAUGAUCUGUAGUAGAUGUAUCAUUAUGCUCUGCAUUGGAAUAGUUAAAUCUAUUUUGCAUUAUUGUUAGUUGUUGUGUUGUCUUUCUGUUUUUAAUAUUAUGAAAAUGGAGCCUGAAGAUUUAUGCAAUCUUGUACAUGUAUAUGAGUAUGAUAUAUGGAGCUGUUCAAAUUAAGUACAACAAGUGUUGUCAAAGGUUAAUAAUCUGAAUGUGGAACCAGUUGUUCCAUAGACUUUAGAAAAUUUCAGUAGAAAUGUUAUUUUAACAUUGAAGCCCUGAAAUAUUGAAUGUAUUGUUCUAAAUUAGAUAUUCAAUGAAUAGGUCACUGGAUAUUAUGGAGCGCAGUUAAUUCAUUAUGAUGUAGCAUCUAGUUGUAAACUGCUAUUCAAUAAAAUUUAUUAGAACUAAAACAAAUGCAAGUUUUCAAGUUUCUAUUUGUCAGCCUAAUGUGGAAAUCUAAGGACAGAAAUGUACUUUUCUCAGGGUAAUACAGUGAGUGAAAAGAGAACGUGUUCAAUCUGAGGAAACUGCAUUUCAUCAAUCUAUUUACUCAAUGUCAGUGGGAUUAGAUAUUAUUUAUAGAAUAAAAAUAUGUCCCAUAUUUUGUGACGAGCUGUAUGAAUAUUUAGGAAAUUCUCUACUGAUAACCGUAGAAAUGAUCCUGUUGGUAUAUUGAUAUUUUUUGUGUUGUGAACACAAAAAUAGGUGCAAGUCUUAGAAUUCUAGAUAUUUUCUUUUUCUACAUUGAGGAUUGUGUACCGCAUAUUUUCUGUAGUGUAUUUCUAGUUUGUUAACACUUGUUAAAUUGUUACACUACAGUUAUGCAAUGGUUUACAGAUUUCACAAAAUUAUUUUUAUCAUCUUGAGAAUUAAAAUAAUUUUUCAUCUGAA